UUGAGAUGAAAUUUAUACUUCCAAUUUCUAUGGACUACAAAGGUAUUUUUCCUAUUUAAAAAAAUGUGAGCUGGCGGUUCAACAUCCGAACUCUUCGUUGCAUGGCUUAAAACCAUUGGUCUCGCAAAUCUACUAGUAAUACAGAGGCCUCAAGGCCAGAGAACGGGAUCAGAUAUGACGGAUGAGCUGAACAGGGCCUCAGCUGAACCGGAGACGACGAAACCGGAAGAGACUGUGCCGAUUGAAGCAGACGACGUUACUGACGGUGUGGAUAAUGCAGUGGGGAACAACAUGCCUGGAAAGGUGACGCCUGAAUCGCCACCUGAUUGGCUGAAGCCAAUGGAGGAGGAUGAAGAUGAUGGCGGUGAGGGUGUCAAGAGCAGUGAACGGAUCAUUAUGAAGACCAAUGAUGACGUUCCAAAAGUAAAGCGACGCAGAGGUCGGCCUCCGAUUGCCAGAAAUGUUAGACAUGGACUUACUCGUUUAGAUUUCAAGAAAGGAUUGCAUGCAGAUCGCCCUAAAACUAAGACUGUUCGUUCUCUACGGGAAAGAACGCGUUCAAGUCCCACAUCGGGAACGGCCAUUCCUGUCCCAGAUCCACCUCGCACGGCUGAGGUUUUACCCAGAAAACCCCAGCGUAUCAUUCACAAACCUAUCGGCCUGCGCCAUCUAGAUCCAAAAGUAAAGCGACGCAGAGGUCGGCCUCCGAUUGCCAGAAAUGUUAGACAUGGACUUACUCGUUUAGAUUUCAAGAAAGGAUUGCAUGCAGAUCGCCCUAAAACUAAGACUGUUCGUUCUCUACGGGAAAGAACGCGUUCAAGUCCCACAUCGGGAACGGCCAUUCCUGUCCCAGAUCCACCUCGCACGGCUGAGGUUUUACCCAGAAAACCCCAGCGUAUCAUUCACAACUCGACAUCAACAUCUCAAAGACCCCGACUCAUCCCCGUCUCACCUGCAGGGGGCAGCAGCCUCUCCAAGACCCCCAACGCCGAAUUUCACAGCCCUCCGCGCCUCACAAGGGUCUCGCCGCUCAGUAUCGACACAUCGGUGACACGGAAUUUCGUUCACUCUCCAGCUGUAAAAGUGGGUAAUGUUUCCCAACAGAUUGUUUCCUCAACUGAACCUGGGAAAGAUGGGACUGAACCUCCCCUUCGACUCUGGCUUUGUCCUUCUCUGGAGCCCAUUAGCGCUACAAAAACUCAGGAUACGUUCUCAGAUCAGAUUGUAAAUUCACCAAAUUUUCCGGAGACUACACUUAAUGGAACAGUGACCCAAAAGGAAAGUCUUUCUCUGCUCAGUGAAUGUGAAAGCUGUGGCUGCCAAUUUCCUGCUCAGAAGAUCGGAGACAUAAUGUGCUACAGAUGUAGGCCUAAAUCAGACAAGAAGCACUCUCCUCCAAAUAUUGUGUUUAGGAAGGUAUGUACCAUUCUUGAGACUGGGAUAAAACAAAACGUUUAUGUGGCAGAAAUGAAACAACAUCCCAAAUACAAGAAAAUGGUAAAAAUGGAUUUUGUCCCUGAUGGUGAUGAUGAUGAUGAUGAUGAUGAUGAUGACUCGGUUGCGAAGAAACGCAAUCGCAGGAUGUGCCGGCAGUGUGUUGCGUGUCUUCGUGAAGACGACUGUGGCAAAUGCGACUUCUGCAUGGACAAGCCCAAGUUUGGUGGCAGUAACAAGAAAAAGCAGAAAUGCCGCUUACGUCAGUGCAAGUUUCAGUCAAGGCUUCAUGGUCAAAGAGCAAAUAGAAGGAGAAAUGUGAAGCCCAAGCUCAAGAGACGCGGGAGACCGCCGAGAAAACGGAAAUUCAGAAGCAACCCCUGGGAGGAUGAUGAGGAAGUUUCUGAUGAUGAUGAUGAUGAUGACAAAGAAGAUUUGAGGCAUUAUAAGAUGAAUGGCGGGAAAGGAGGAAGGAGGAAAUGGAAUUACAGUUUUAAGGAAGAUGAGGAAGACAUGUUCAUUGAGGCUGUGAUUGAGGAUGACGGACCGUCCAACACAGAGGAGGAUCCUGAUAUUUUGGGCAGUGAGAGGUCAGCGAUGGUGUCUAAUGAGAUGUACUCAAACACGUCUGGACUCAGUACUCAGGGAUUAUACUACAACAUGUCAGGCGUGCCGGCGGCUCCUUAUGUGCUUGGAUCAGUGCCUCUGUGUAACAGCAAUCCAGUGCCGAUGGGUGAGGUUAUCAGCUCUCUGCCGAUGGGGGAUGAUGUGCCUCAGAACGGUUUUCUUCAGUUUGAGAUGGUGAGAGUGGGAUCACCACCGUCACAUUACACAGAAGAAGCUCAGAACACAGAACAGCACGUGUCAGAACCUCAGCAGGAGCCCACGCCGGUGAUCACCCAGAUCUUCAGUCUGGUGGGAGGAGAGAACGACUGUGACCGAGACCAAGGCCUGAUGGAGCUGUUCACUUCCCUAGGCCAGACCGUGCUGCCCGCUCACUGGGUGGGCAUCAUGGCCAAAGGCCCCCCCCUCCAGCUCCUGCAGUGCUCCAAACUCUCCACCAUGGCUGACACGGUGGUCCAGAUCGAGAAGGGCUUCUUCUACCAGGUCAGUGUCCAGAACCAGCCUCUGCUGCUGAUGCACGCCGUCUACUCACGCCACCCUACCUGCCUCGAGUCGAUCGAAGACGUGGUGUCGCUCUUACUGGACUUGGAGGGGCUGGGCGUGUGUCAGGGCUACCAGAACUUCCACAUGGGCUCACCUUGGGAGCCUAGAAUGAGCGUGAGAGCGGCUCUGUGCGAUUUACUCAUUCCCAAGGACGAGGAACAGUGUCCAAAAUGCACACAGCCUGUGGAGGGUUGAGCAGCCGUGCGAGAAUUUACUGUGAGUUUUCGACACAUCUAGUAGUUCGAGAGAAUCUUCCACCAGUUUUUAAGCUUAUAGUGCAGUCAGAGCUGUUUCCGACCUCAUGAUGAAUUGACAUCUAAAAUGGUGCUUCUUAUUUAGUUUAUUUUUUUAGUUUUUUAAGAAAGAAGUUAGUGACACAACCUUCAAAAAAGGACUCGUAAAACACUGAGUUUUACCGAAAUCCCUUCUUAUCGUUGCUUUCUGGUUGGGUUUAGGACAUAAAUACAUUCAGUUCUCAUUUAAACUACCUCUUCAUUAUUUUAUGGACCAAUUUUAACCUUAAACCUCCUACAUGCCCUUAUUGAUUCAGACGUUUGGUGAACAAGUUUAUUGUAGUACAAUGAGAAGUAUGGAAGCGUGUUUCCGCCAUAAGGUAAAAAAAUUUUUUUCUCAAAAAUCAGACUUUUCAGACAGCGAUAUAAAAUCUGAAUUUCAAGAUAUAAAGUCAAUUCUGGGAGGAAAAGUGCAAAUUGUGCAAUCACAAUUGCCGGGAAUUGUGAGAUGAAAAGUCGCUUUUUUAUUUUGUGGCGGAAGCAAAAAAAAACAAUUGCGAGGUGUAAACUGAGAAUUUCGAGAGAAAAAGUCUGAGUUACGAGAUGUAAGCUUGGAAUUGCGAAAAUGAACAUCAGAAUUUAGAUCAGAGUUUAUAUCUCGCAGUUCU